ACGGCCCCACGGUGUUUCUGUUUAAGGUCAAAGUUUACUGCAUGCGGAAGUGGCAUGUAGUUAGGGUUUUUGUUAUUUCCCCGGUGUUAUAACAAAUCCAUGGAUUUUCUUUGCAGUGUUGGCUGCAGUUACAAUAAUUUUGUUAACAUUUUUUGCCAGUAGGCUUACGGGUGUUAGGUAGGUGGCGGUGAAAUCUAGUCGGAUAACUGUCUUCAGCAUAACCUCAUAAAUACAAGCACACAGACGUUGUUUAAAAGCUUCUCCAAAUGUCUGCUACAAUGACCACCAUUGUCCACGAUACUACAGAGGCAGUGUGCCUGUCCUCUGAGUACAACCUGUACCUCAAGCCCAUUGCCAAAAUGACCAUCAGCGUGGCUCUGCCACAGCUCAAACUUCCAGGCAAGAGCAUCUCCAACUGGGAGGUAAUGGAGAGGGUAAAGGCCAUGGUUGCUCCAGAACAGUUUUCAGCCCUGCGUAUCUCCAAGAGCACCAUGGACUUCAUCCGCUUUGAAGGCGAGGUGGAAAACAAGACAGUGGUCAAAAGCCUGCUGAGCCGUCUGGAUGUGAAGUGCAUCAAACUUAGUGGAUUUACUGAUGUACUCAAGGUUCGUGCAGUAGAGAACAAAGUAGACUUCCCGACACGUCACGACUGGGACUCCUUCUUCCGCGAUGCCAAGGACAUGAAUGAGACUCUGCCAGGAGAGAGGCCAGACACCAUCCACCUGGAGGGACUUCCUUGCCGCUGGUUCAGCCAGAAGGACUCCCCGUACCCAGACCGGCCCUCUGAAGAGGUCCUCACUGCAGUCUUUCAGGCAUUUGGCAAGGUGCGACAUGUUGACAUCCCCAUGCUGGACCCAUACAGGGAGGAGAUGCUGGACAAGAACUUUAACACAUUCAGUUUCGGGGGUCAUCUCAACUUUGAGGCUUAUGUCCAGUACCAGGAGUACGGCGGCUUCACCAAGGCCAUGGACACUCUGCGCAGCAUGAAGCUGAUGCUGAAAGGAGACGAUGGAAAGGCAGUGGCCUGCAACAUCAAGGUGUCCUUUGACACCAGCAAGCACCUGAGUGAGUUGGCUCUGAAAAGGAGGAGCAUGGAGAGGCUGAAGUUACAGGAGCUGGAGAGGCAAAGAGAGGAGCAGAAACGACGGGAGAAGGAAGAGGAGGAGCGCCGUAAGGAGGAGGAGAGGAAACAGAAGGAGCAGGAAGAGGAGGAGAAGGAGAGGAGGAAGGAAGAGAGAUUACGAAAGCGAGAGCAGAAGGUGCGGGAGAGAGAGGAGAGAAGGAACCUGAAGAAGGUGAGGCGACAGCAAGAAGAGGAGCAGAAGAAGCUGCAGAUGAAGAUCGCCAUGGAGGAGAGGAGGCUGCUGCUUGCUCAGCGCAACCUGGAGUCAAUACGGCUCAUUGCUGAGCUGCUGGCCAGGGCCAAGGCCGUGAGGCAGCAGCAGCUGGAGAAAGAGAGGGCCGAACAGGAGGACCGGGAAAGACAAGAACAGGCUCAACGUAAGGAGGAACUUGCUCGUCUUCAGCAGCUAGAGGCCUGCCGACGCAAGCAGGAGGAAGAGCUCCGGAGGGUGGAGGUGGAGAAAGAGCGAGCAUUGGAGCUCCAGCGCCGUGAGAAGGAGCUAAGGGAGAAACUGCUUUGCAACAUGUUAAAGAAGAGCAGCGGUAAAACCACACAAUCUGGAGGCACGCAGGGUCAGGCUGGCCCUGUAACGAGUGAGGAGGCCUCUGAUCCUGGUGGUGUUAUGAUGUUGGGGCUUCUUGGCCAGGUGUACGGAAUGAAGGCAGUUGAGAGCAAAGAGAAGCAGGCGUCCAAAUCUAGCGUGCAUGCUCAAGUUUCGGGCAAAAACAAAGCAACAGAGGAGAGGAGAGGAGGGGACAGGAAGAAAGGCCGGGAGGGAAGGAGGAAAGAGGUGGGGAGCAGACACAGUAGGGAGAAAAUAAGGGGCCGGGAGCGCUCCCAGAGAGUGAGGAGUUCUCAUAGUCGGGGGUCGAGGAGGCGCUCCCACAGCUACAGCCGGAGGAGAAGGAGUUCCAGCCACCGCAGGAGGAGCUCCAGUGUUCAUAGGAGGAGCCUCAGUCACCGUGGCAACAGGAGGGACAGCCACAGCCAUUGUAGUAGGAGCUCAAGCUCCAGCCGUGACAGGAGCCGGAGCAGCAGUGGGAGGAGUUACAGCAGAGGGCGGCGCAGCAGGCAUAGUCCCCGUAGAUACAGCAGAGGCAGCUCUAGGACCAGCAACAAAAGUAGAGACGGGAGGAGUCACAGCCAUUACAGAUACAAGAAACACAGCAACAGCAGAGACAGGAGCCACUCCAGACGCUAAUCUUAUCAAUAUUAUCAGUUUAUUGUUGAUCUACUCCCCAUUCACCAGCUUACACCUAAAAGAAGAAGAAAAAAAAUUGUAGGGCCCUUAAUUAAGCAAUGUGGCAGUGCACCAUAUGGCUUUGUCCAGAAUAGUGCAGCUUGACAAAAAAACAAGAAAUCCUUUUAAAAGUAAGAUCAACUCCACAGAUUUAACUGUAACAACACAUGUAAGUGGACCCUGUAUGUGCAAGGUACCGUAUGUAAAUUGUUGCAGUUGAUUCUAGGGACUUGGUUUAACCUUUUUUUUUUAUUUAGUUUUUAUACAUUUCACACUGUUGAAUUGAAGCUGCCAACAAAUGUUAAUUUAUCAAUGUACAAUGUUUUGACAUUUAACAGUUUCAUGGCAUAAAACACCAAGUUUACGUUUAAAAAAAAGAAAGAAAGAAAUAUUGUUCUUUUCCAUAUGUGAAAGACAUUGUAUCCACGUUUGGACUGCAGUAUUCUAAAACUCAAAAGGGUAUUACAAUUUUAUUAAAUGUUAGUGAUCAUUAUGUAAUUAUUGAUAUGCAUUACUUGACUGGCUAAUACAUGUUUGAAUUAAAGGUUCAUAUCAUAGACUCAC